AUGCUUGAUGUUCCAGUCACACUGGUUGAGGUCCAAAAGGAUUUCGGUGACAUUCAAGGAUGUGGCUGUGGAUUUUACCCAGGAAGAGUUGGAAAACCUGGACCCUUCCCAGAAAGAGUUGUACAAGGAUGUGAUGCUGGAGAACUAAAGGAACCUUGUCUUCUUGGCUCUUACCUUACUCAGCAGCAGACCCUGCGUACUGGAGAGAAGCCUAACAAAUAUGAAAAUGCUUCCUGGUGCUGCUCACAAUCUACCCAACAUCAGAGCCUACAUACUAGAGAGAAGCCUUAUGAAUGUCAUAUAUUUGGAACAGCAUUCCCCUGUAGCAAAUACAUUAACCACCAUCAGAGAAGUAAUGGUAGAGAAAAGCCUUAUGAACAUAAAAGAUUGGAGGCCUUCUGCCAGAGUUUACAGUUAACUAUACAUCAGAAAAUUCACACUGGAGAGGACCCUUCUAAUAAAUGUUACAGUUGUGGGAAGACUUUCCAAAAGAGGUCACAGUUAAUUGUACGUCAGAAAAUUCAUACUGGAGAGAAGCCUUUCAAAUGUAAUUAUUAUGAGAACACCUUCUGCUGGGGUUCAAAAUUAACUCAACAUCAGAGACUUCAUACUGGAGUGAAGCCUUAUGAAUGUAAAGAUUGUGAGAAGGCCUUCUACCAGAGUUCAGGAUUAAUUCAACAUCAGAUGAUUCAUGCUGGAGAAAAGCCUUUUAAAUGUAGUGAUUGUGGGAAGGUCUUCUGCUGGAGUUCAAAAUUAAUUGAACAUCAACGAAUUCAUACUGGAGUGAAGCCUUAUGAAUGUAAAUAUUGUGGAAAGGCCUUCCACCAGAGUACACAGUUAAUUCAACAUCACAGAAUUCACACAGGAGAGAAGCCUUAUAAAUGUAAUGAUUGUGGAAAGACCUGUCAGAGUUCAGAGUUAACUGUACAUCAGAGAAUUCACACUGGAGAGAAGUCUUACAAAUGUAACAAUUGUGGGAAGGGCCUUUGGCCAUAG